AUGGAUCCAGUCUGUUUGCUCGCGAAGGCCACUCGCGCCAUGGUCGCCGUCUCACUUGUGCUCGUCCUUCUGGGCCCAACUGUGUCGUUAGCCGACGGCGACCAUGCGCCAACUGAGCAAAACGUUGAUACAGUCCAGACCUGCAAGCCCGACAACAACGCAGCCCGUAUCGCUCUGACUGUUGAACCCGGGAAGAAGGACAUUUCGUUCAAGUGUGGCGACAACAACGACGGAACACUCUCCCCAAAUCCUGAAGAGAAAAAAUUUUUUGCGGGCUCGACCGGCACGGACCCCAAGCCUCUGUCCGAGGUGUGUGAGAACGCAGAAGUGACUAAAACAGAGGGCGCCACCAACAAGAUGUACACGCUGAGCCUCCCUUCCAAGGUCUCGAAGGAGCAUAAGCUCUUCUUCACCUGCACCCCGGCGGCUAAGAACAACGAAAAAGAAGGUCCAAGUGGUGAUAAAUGCAUGGUGGAAAUCACAGUUAAGGCCGGAGCCGGAGAUGAUAAUGGUUCGUCGGCCGCUGGGUGGCUUGCAGUGCCGUCUCUCCUCAUCGGGCAAGUUGUCCUGAGCCUCCUCUACGCCUAG